AUGCAUCCUACCGACUUCGAAACGUUUGAGGAAUUUCUGCACGCAGCGAACCGCGAAACCGAUGAUGUAGCCAACGAGCAUACCAGUAGUUCACCGGGGAAUAAAAACACGGAGCCCACGAUAGACCACGCGCCUGUCGAGAAUGCGUCUAGUUCUGGACCGUCACAGGCAGGUAGUUCGGAGGGAGACCGAAGUUGUUCCACUAUGGGCUGCAAAAUGCCAAAGGUUAAGGGUCUUCAGAAGUGUGAUUACUGCCUUGACUCUGGUCGCGCAUAUCGGAGGAAAAAGAAAGGCUUGUGUGAGGGUUGUGGCGAAUCCAAGACAAACGAGAUUCUGUGUCACUGGUGCGUGGAUCAUGGAAGGCGUCCGGGCCAGCGGUGGAGAAACUGGAAAGCUGUUUCAGAGGAGUAG